AUGGGAGAUAACCAUGGAGGGAAUCCACCUCCAAAUCCACCACCCGAGCAAACUCUUCUCCAAUGGGCGAGGCAGGAGGUUACACAACAACCUCUUUGCAUUACAUAUCCAGCUGCCACCAACUUAGAAAUAAAAUCCGGACUCAUCCACUUACUCCCUACCUUUAGAGGCUUGGAAAAUGAAGAUCUCCACAAGUUUCUAACAGAAUUCCAUGUUGUGUGUGUUAGGAUGAAACCACAUAAUGUCACGGAAUAUCAAAUCAAGCUUAGGGCAUUCCCCUUCGCAGUUCAAGAUGCAACUAAAGACUGGCUCUAUGACCUCCCACCGAGGACGGUAACUACUUGGGUAGAUCUUGUGAGGUUGUUUUUGGAUAAAUACUUUCCCAAGAUGAAAGCUUUAGCCAUGCGAAGGGAAAUCAUUGGAAUUAAGCAACAUAAAAGAGAAGCUUUUCACACAUAUUGGGAAAGGUUCAAGAAACUUUGUGCCUAUUGUCCCAAACAUGGAAUUACCGAGUACCAACUCCUCCAAUACUUCAUUGAAGGCAUGAAUCCAAUGGAAAGAAGGCUUCUUAAUGCUUCAAGUGGUGGAUCUUUACCCGACAAGACUCCAACUGAAAUCCACAACCUAAUCAAGAACAAGGCUGAAGAUUCUAAGCAUUCAAUCCAUGAUGAAGAAUGGUACACGGAUACACCCCGAGGUGUGAAGGAAGUCCAAACUCCACAAAUUGAAGCUCAAUUGUCUGAGCUUACGAAAGUGGUAAUGAUGCUAGCUAAAGAUAAAGGUGUGCAUCCCACACCCCGCCCUUGUGGUAUUUGCACUCAAGUGGGACACCCAACUGACAUGUGCCCACAACUUCAAGAAGAAGAUUAUGAAGAAGCGAAAGCCAUGAGGGCCAUUCUGGAUCAAAUCAAAGAGGAAACGAUCAGCCACGAGGUGACCAAAGAUGGAACAACAAUCAAGCCAAGGCAGCCACAACACCCUCCUCAACAAGCGGGUUCAUCAAGUAUGUCCUUAGAGGACAUAGUGAAGAGUUUGGCAACUAGUACACAAGCUUUCCAGCAAGAAACAAAAGCAAGCAUAAAGAACUUAGAGCAACAAGUUUCACAGCUUGCUACUUGCGUAAGCAAACUAGAAUCUCAAGGAAAGUUGUCCGCCCAAACUGAAACGAACCCAAGGCACAACGUGUGUGUCAUCACAUUGAGAGGCGGAAAGAGCUACAAUGAUCCAAAAGUAUCGGUUGAUCAAGAGGAAGAAGAAAUAAUGGUCGAAUAG